AUGAGAAUUGGAAAGAUAGCAGUAGUAAUUUGUGUAGUUCUAGGAACGUAUACUAUCAAUUCUACCAUAGAAGAAAAGAAAGGAGAGAUUGAAGAAGUCUUCAAUGCAGUCCAGAUGAAGUCUUCAGAAGACGAAAGAGUUAUUAUGUUGAAUCCAGUAGAGUUUAGGAUAAAAAAGAGAAAUAAAAUGCUAGACAAUCUAAAGAAAAAACUGAAAUCUAAGAAGAAUACAUUGAAAAAUGAAGAUGAAAAGAUAGGCAAAUUCAACAGAGUUAAGACAUUUUCCUCCCUUGGCAGAGACAAAGACUCUUUUGAUACUCCCAAAGUAGUCGAAGAAAUUGUGAACCAAAUAGAAAAUAUUGUUAGCUCCGGCACGCAAAGUCCAGAGCUGGCAGCCAGCUCCCAUAGCUUGCCGCAUCUUAGCGAUGAAAACAUAUAUAGAAUCAAAGAAGAAAUUUACAAAAUAUUAGAGCAAAGAGUGGAAGAUGGACCAAUGAAGACAAACACGUCGCACCUUUCUAGAAAUAUACUUCCAGAGAGCGACUUGUGGAAACAGACAAAAGAAGAGACAGAUGGAAUUGUGUGCGAAAAGAUGGGUCUAUACAAGAUGCUCGAAUAUACCAAUGAAAACAAUAAAGAGAACUGCUCCAAUUUGCCCAGCAUAGAAGGAAAAGAUGUGAGAACGCAAUUGGAAAUAUUACUCGGAAAAGAGUAUCCUAUGCUUUUUGGAGUUAGUUAUGAAGAUGAAGUAACUGGAUAUCUGUUUAGCCAUAAUGUGCUUCAGGAAAUGGAGGCAUGUGCUAUCAUAUACAGCAAAACAAUUGAGAAGAUAAAGGAACUGGGUGAAAUCAUUGAUAAGAGGCUUUUUGAUUUCGCAGUUUUUCGAGCCUUGAGUAGAGUCAUGCCAUACAGCAUAUACAACAGUAAUCUAGACCUUUUUCACCAAGUGUUUUACCAAAUUGUUGCAAAGGAAAGCACAAAGGAAUUCGAUAGAGUUUUUAAAGCUGGUAGAAUCAGAGUAAUAAGACAUUUCAAUGAGCUGGAAGAGAAGAUGAAAAGCUUUCGAAAUAAAGUAGAAGAAUAUAAAAAACAAAGAUCUAGCAAAGAAGGCACAGAAGAAAUCAAAAGAAUUGCUAUGAAGUAUCUGCAUGACUGCACAAACUUUCUUGAGAUACUAUUUGAUUACAGAAGGGGAAAUAGUGACCUUUCAGAUUAUAGAAGAAAUCGAAACACUUGCGUAGACAAUGUAGAUGACUAUUCCUUGCUAGGCCCCUCGAUCAUGGAUGAAAUUUUAGCUCUGCUUCUCCAGAUAUCUGAAGAAAAGAGUGCCUCCUGGGAUUUGAAAGACUGGGACCCGAAGGAACUAUCUGACAGUAAUUUUGUCUCGCCUGAAGAGCUACUAGUUGUACUAGGCGCGAAUGUACUAGUGGCAGAGGGCACAACAAUGAAAAAAAAGUUCUUAAAGGCUUUAGUGGAGCUAAGAAAAAAACAAAACUAUUUCUGUAAAAGGAGAAAAUACGCUGAGAUGCUUGUAAAAGAGGAAAAGAAGUCCUCUCCAGCAGCUGAAAAGCCUACUAUGCAGGUGGAUUUAGGCAAAGCUGAGGAUUCAAAAGAUUACAAAGCUGACAACUAUCCUGAUCCUAAUGAAGAAGGGAGAACAUUAGGAAGUAAGUCAAUAAUAUCUAGUAUUUACUACCUCGAAGCAGAAGAGAAAAUGGGCCUUCUAUUUUUAGAUAAGCCUAAAUAUUCAAGCACAGUUGUUCCUCAGAAAGUAAUGGACAAAGCCUCUUAUAAGCAUCUCCAGAAACUAAUCAAACGCUUUCUGUUUGACUGGCUCAACAGCUACUACAUGCACACCAUACCAGCGAUUUUCGAAACAGUUUCGAAGGAAGCCAAGGCGCACUUAGGAGAAGUCGCAGGAUCUGGCUUUGCAAAUGAAACCAAAUUUAUGGAAAAUCUCAGCAUUUUGGAAGAGUACAUAAGCACAGCAACAAAACAUUAUAGUGGCGAGAAAACAAGAAUAAUAAAAAAAAUACAGAAAAUGUGUACCACGCUGAAAGAUCCAUCCCUUCCUGCAUACUACAGCAUUUACAUGUCUGAUGUUUUUGAUAAAAAAGAUAAAAAAGAUAAAACAAAAAGCAAAGACAUAUGUCUGAGAUUCUUGCGCCACAGUCUACUUUGUCUAACGUUCCACAGAACAAACAUUGCUCUUCUAAUGAACAAUCUUUUCCAAAACCUCAAAACUACACCUAGUGUAUACAGUGACUAUGCCAGUUACACCACACCCAGGGGUAUGGUGGUAGAUGGUGCAGUGUUGUCUAAACCUGCUCGUAUCAGAGAUAGCAGUCCUUCUACAGAUAAGGAUCAGAGUAAAGCAGAAAAAGAAAGCCCCUCUAAGUCUAAAGAAAAAGAUAACUUAAUGCUAUAUAUGAAUGAAAAUGGUAUUUGUGAGCUACCUGCCCUGCAUAUCAUCGAAAUACUAAUCGGAGACCAGUUAGAAGAUCCUAUGUUAAAAAAAAGCUAUAUGCCGUUAGCUAAGCGCAUAGAAGGCAAAUUGAACUGUGACGAUGCCAAAAAGCUUAACUUUUUCCAGUCAUUAUUAAAUCGGUUAUCAAAAAACGAAAAUGCAGAGAAUUAUGAAAAAAUUAAAUCCGACUGCAUUGAGCUAAUACAUCAUAUGUCCGCCGGCCACAAAAGAAAUCUGUACAAAUCUUACACAUCAAGAAAAAGUAAAGAGAAAGAGGAAAAAGAUUUAAUUGGCUAG